CUCUCUUCCAGUAUCUACCAGUUCGCACAUGUCAACCGCCUUCGUUCUAAGAGGCUUAUUAGCAGACAGCGGAGACGAUCAACACCCGACAUGGGCGACGUGGCAUCAACAAGAAGUGAAGCGAAUGCUCAACUUCGGCGGCUUCUGGAAGACAGAGGAUUCGGAGAGAACGGCAAUGUGCUGCCAGUGCUGGUAUCCAGUCUUAACAAUUCUCUUAAUACCUUGUCCACACAGCUUUACUCGAAACCGACGCACUUCCUCCUCGAGUUGAUCCAGAACGCCGACGACAAUGUCUUUCAUCGUGGAGUCAUACCGAGGCUACAUCUGUCGCUAUACCAGAAGGACGGGAAGGCGAUUUUUCGGUCGGAUUGCAACGAAAUCGGUUUCACCUUUCAGCAGCUAGAUGCCCUCACACGAAUCGGAGGGAGCACCAAAAAAGCCGCUGAUGGGUAUAAGGGGUACAUCGGAGAGAAGGGAAUCGGCUUCAAGUCUGUCUUCAAAGUGGCUGACCUGGUACGCGUUGCAAGUGGCUGCUACGAAUUCAAAUUCGACGCGCGUAAGACUAUAGGGAUGAUGCUGCCGAGACCUUCCAAAUUUCCCGAAGGUGACCGCUUGAAGAACAAUACCCAAUUCUUGCUUGAAUUGAAGCGCAAAGAAGACUACACGUACAUCAAAGACGAUCUCAGGAACAUCAAACCAGAGAUCUUUCUCUUCCUGCAGAACUUGGAGCAACUGGACAUCACCAUCGAUGACAAACGCAAAAUCUACAAGCAUCAAAGCAACGCAUGUGGUUCGAAGCUCGGCGGAGAAACAGCAAUAAUCUCAGAGACUACAGACAAGCGGACUGAGACGACGAAAUAUUUGAUUGAACGACAAACUGUGGAGGAUUUGCCCUCGGAUCCCCGCAGAGAUACAGUCGCUGCCUCUGAGGUCGUUGUCGCAUUCCCCAUCAAAGACCAGAGCACGCCAAUCGUCGAAUCCCAACAGAUUUUUGCUUUUCUGCCCGUUCAAAACCAUGGCUUCAAGGUAAUUCUGACCCCUCUCAUGUAG